GUCCAAGCACUGACGUGUCAUAUGUGAUCGAACAAUGAGACGAGCAAACGAGCAUUAAUAACCCAGGUCCCUCCUUCGUUCUCAGCGCGUCAAAAUCGUCUCUCCCCACGUAUCGAAGAGCAAUCGAGUGAAAUGGAUCCAAGACGCACAGGAAAACAGUUAGGCGGGCGCAGCGGAGACAUCCAUCGCCCACGCCGCCGUUCGACUGCACCACUUUCUGCCCACCGAGAUCCGACACAAGCCUUUGGACCCCCGCAUUCUUACGGUACUUCGCUGCCGUCCGACACAGCCUUCCUACCAGAGGAUUACGCAUACAAUUUCACGAUGCAAGACCAUGAACCUGAAUACGCGCCAUACACUGCAGAUACUUCCCCGCAGCACACCGUCAUCUACUCCAGCAGCGCCCCAACGGCCAACGAUGGAUUUCAGCAACUCGACCACUCGGCUCAACCACACGACAACUAUGCCGCCGGCAUGACGUCGUUCCAAGCUCAUCAGGAGUCCGGCCAUAUUUCUAACCUAGAUACGGCGUACCGUAUCCCUUAUGGCACCCCUUAUGCCGGAAGUGUGGGCGGUGCUGGCCCGUCGACAACGGCUUCGAGCGUCUCCAGCCGCUAUUACCCGCCAAGCUCCUCGAUGACCACGCCAGUCUCGGCAAACACCCCAAUUGUUUCCCGAUCUCCGGCAUUUGCGGGAAUAGGCGGCUGGGCCGAGAACACGGGACACUUCCCUUACUCCACCACACCGCCGGAGGAUUAUCGCGGUCGCGAGUUCCCGCGGUUGAACAUCAAAGACCUCCCCGGCCGGUCACCGCGAUCCGAGUCGACCGAGGUGCAUCGACACAGCCGAUCAUCCUUCUAAUGAGGGGGGGAUCUUGGCGGGAGAAGCAGAGUAGGUCGACCCUCGACGACGUGAAAGGAUGGUCAAGACAGCGACAGGGCUUGCCGUCAAGGGGACAACGACUACGACGAAAGGGAACUUAACGGAAGGAAACUGGAAGACAAUUCCGACAAAGGUCUCUAUCAAACCUACUGAGUUUUCGUUUUGGUGAUCUUUACCCCUCUUUUGUGCGAUCUAUUGUUGCAUGUUAGUUUUAGCUUAUGUCAUCUAUGCAUAGUAGGGGUGGAUUUUCUGGAGUGUUGAUACUGCCCAUACCAGUCGGUGAGCAAAAGCAUCGUGUGUUCGCAUAUUUCGAUUCAACCCGAUUUCUUUCAUUUCCUUUUGAACUAUUGCCAUAUGGUCUGAAACAUUGUUGUACCUAGUCAGAAAGUGUAAUAACGG